AUGACUGAAAGAGAAUUCACUCUGAAACAUAUAUUCACUGAUGUUGAGAAAUUCGAGCAAGAUCAAUAUCUCUAUAGUCCAGAAAAAGAGCAUUUUGGUAUCGGAUGGGUUAUAGGAAUUAGAAAAAAGGACGAACACCUCGGAAUGUAUUUAUACACAAACUUGCCGAGAAAUCAAGAAAUUCACACUGAUUAUACCCCGAGAAUAUUCUCGAAAAACCGGGAAAAAAAUCAUUCAAAGUCUGGGAGUCAUUUAUUCAAAAAUGAUGGGGACCACUGGUAUCGUUCGGGUUGGAACAAAUUCAUUGAAUGGAGAACUUUGGAAGAUGAAUAUCUGGAUGAUGGAAAAUUGGAAGUGGAAUUUCAUGUGAAAAUAAACAAUAUGAUGACUGGAAGAGUAUUCACUCUGAAAUAUAUAUUCACUGAUGUUGAGAAAUUCAAGCAACAUCAAUAUCUCUUUAGUCCAGAAGAAGAACAUUUUGGAGUCGAAUGGAGAAUAAAAAUUAAAAAAUUGGACGAACACCUCGUAAUGUAUUUAUUCACAAACUUGCCGAGAAAUCAAGAAAUUCACACUAGUUAUAUCAUGAGAAUAUUCUCGAAAAACCGGGAAAAAAAUCAUUCAAAGUCUGGGAGUGGAUUAUUCAAAAAUAAUGGGGGCAACUGGGAUAAUUGGGGUUGGGACAAAUUCAUUGAAUGGAGAACUUUGGAAGAUGAAUAUCUGGAUGGUGGAAAAUUGGAAGUGGAAGCUCAUGUUAAAAUAAAUAAAAUGGUUGGCUUUCCGGAAGAAACGAAUGAAUUUCCCAGAAAAGAUUUAAGAAGUUUCGGAGAGGAUAUGAAACAGUUCUCCGAUGUCACAUUGAAAGUAAAAGAUCGGAAAUUCUAUAUUUCGAAGUUGUACCUCUCCUCUCAUUCUCCAUAUUUUGAAACUUUAUUUUUGGGAAGAUUUCAAGAAUCUGAAAAAUCAGAAAUCGAAUUGAAAGAUGUCGACCCUCAAGACUUCCAGUACUAUUUGGAAGUUCUACAUCUAGAAAAUAGAAUUGAUGAUUAUACUGUCCAAGGAAUUUUAUCAGUGGCUGAUAUGUUCGACACUCCUAAAAUUGUCAAAAAAUGCGAGGAAUUUUUGCUUGAAAAAUCAAAAAAGGGACUGAAAAUGAAGCUGGAGUUGGCUGGAAAAUAUAGACUGGAAGAAUUGAAAAUGACUGAAAGAGAAUUCACUCUGAAACAUAUAUUCGAUGUUGAGAAAUUCAAGCAAAAUCAAGAUCUCUUCAGUCCAGAAAAAGUUCGCUAUAGUCCAGAAGAAGAACAUUUUGGAGUCAAAUGGGAAAUACGUAUUAGAAAAGAGAACGAACACCUCGCAAUGUAUUUAUGCACAAAUGUGACGGGAAAUCAAGAAAUUCACACUAAUAAUACCCUGAGAAUAUUCUCGAAAAACCGGGAAAAAAAUCAUUCAAAGUCUGGGAGUAGUUUAUUCAAAAACGACCGGGAUAAUUGGGGUUGGAACAAAUUCAUUGAAUGGAGAACUUUGGAAGAUGAAUAUCUGGAUGAUGGAAAAUUGGAAGUGGAACUUCAUGUGAUAAUAAAUAAAAUGGUUGGCUUUUCGGAAGAAACGAAUGAAUUUCCCAGAAAAGAUUUAAGAAGUUUCGGAGAGGAUAUGAAACAGUUCUCCGAUGUCACAUUGAAAGUAAAAGAUCGGAAAUUCUAUAUUUCGAAGUUGUACCUCUCCUCUCAUUCUCCAUAUUUUGCAACUUUAUUUUUGGGAAGAUUUCAAGAAUCUGAAAAAUCAGAAAUCGAAUUGAAAGAUGUCAAUCCUCAAGACUUCCAGUACUAUUUGGAAGUUCUACAUCUAGAAAAUGCAAUUGAUGAUUAUACUGUCCAAGGAAUUUUAUCAGUGGCUGAUAUGUUCGACACUCCUAAAAUUGUCAAAAAAUGCGAGGAAUUUUUGCUUGAAAAAUCAAAAAAGGGACUGAAAAUGAAGCUGGAGUUGGCUGGAAAUUAUAGACUGGAAGAAUUGAAAAAACAAUGCCUGGAUGAAAUCAAAUCAAAAGCGGAUAUUCGUUCAGUUAUUCCAGCGGAUCCCAGUGAAAUGGACCCAAAAAUUCUUGCAGAGCUUCUCAAUUGA